UUGAGCAGCAUCACUGCGAUUGUCUCCGAGUUUCUUUACGUGAAGUUGGAGAACGGAGAGUAGCUUUUUUAAAAUUUAUUUUUGAACAGUUUUGAAAUAGAGACAUCAUGGCUUUUUUUUAAAGAUAUUAAGUUGCAGAAAGUUCGACUGUGAAGUUCUUCUAAAUCAACAAGUGGAGCCAUCGGACAACAAAGAAAAUUAUCCUUGCUGCAACCUGAAAGCCAUGACUUGUGAAAGUUUUCAGGUUUUGAAGCAAUUGUGGAGUGUAAGGUUAAAGUGCUUGCAGGCACAGAAUUAAAGCAUUCUGUUUGUUUCACCGUCUUGCUGACCUUGGCGUGCAGGCCUGCACAUUGGUAAUAAUGCUGAUGAUUAACUAAAUGAAGGCUGUAGCCAGGCAACCAUUAGGAGGAACUAUGGAAUCUGAAAAGGAUACGAUUAAACAUGUGCGGACAGCCAUAAGCCAACGCCGUGACAUUGUCCAUGUUGGAUUGAAUUGGAGAUGGAGAGUGGACUCUUGAUGUUCACUGGGCAAGGGGCAUAGUUCAGUGUUUCAAAUCCUUCAAGUUUGUUUCCAGUUCUUCUGGGAAUAUGAAGUACCAUUUAAAUUGAUCAACAUAUGGCCGCAGGGGAUCUGUAUGAGAUGGAAAGGAGCAGUGCAAAAUUGACUUGGGCGGAAGUCAUGGAACAUGUGACGUAGGCGAUGUCAUUGGCGGUGUUCCGUUCCCAGAGUGAACCAUUAGCAAUGAAGUCAAAGACCACAAAACAGCGAGAGAAUGAACUGAAAGCAAUAAAAGAUUUGAAAACAGUCAAAACAUGUGUCCCUGUUUCCAGAGCAGCUGCAUGUGUGAACCUCAGUGAAAAUGCCCAUCAUGUGCCAUGCAAAGAAAUAGUUCACCUCGCAAAUACCACUAAGGCUUUCUGCAGUCAGACAAAUGACAGCUUUCAUGUUCAAAAGAACCAGGGGUCAGUAGAUUCUAUGAAGGUGGACACAGACAGAGGUGCAGAAAGCAAGAAGAAGAAAAAACCAGUCAAACCAGAGGGGAAGAAAGGAAAGCGGAAACAGGCUCUGGAUCAAGCAGUAGAGGUUGUGGGUCACCAAGUGACAAUGUCUUCAGCAUCCGAGACAAACACUUCAGGGCCUUCCAAUACACAGUCUGAGGCAUCAGAAAUUGGAAAGCGAACUGGCAGUGCUAAUCAGAAACUAGGAGACAAGUCCAUUAAUGGCAAGCAACAGGAAGAAAAUAAAGAGCAAGGCCCUUUCUACUACAUUGGAGGCACGAAUGGAGUUUCACUUAUUGUCAGCUUCUGUGAGAGCAAGGGAUGGAAUCGAAUAUUGGACAACACCCGACAAGACUACUUAUUGAAAUGGACUGAAGUUUACAUACCAUCCAACCAUCAAUACUUUCACGAAGGUAAACAGAUGUUAAACCAGAUCCCAAACAACAAGGUUCUAACUACCAAGUUUGGCCUCUGCUCUUCCCUCAAGGACAAUGAGCGUAUAAUGAAUAAAUAUGGCAGGAUCAUGUUUUCAAAAUUCAUGAAACUGGAUGAAUUUUAUCCUGAAACAUAUCGUAUGGAUCUAAAAAGUGAACGCUAUGCUUUCCAUCGAGUCUUCCGAGAAGGACAGACUUGGAUAUCUAAACCUGCUGAAUCAAGCCAAGGUAGAGGAAUCUUCCUCUUGAGGACUCUCAAUGAUAUAACAGACUUUUUGAAAAAACUGGAAAGUGUGGAGGAAAAUCCCUAUUUCAGAAUGUGUUCCUACAAUUCUCCUCUUAGCAGAAUAGUACAAAGAUAUGUUGCUGAGCCCUUACUCCUUGAAGGUAGGAAGUUUGAUGUCCGUUCCUACUUUUUGAUCGCCUGUACCUCGCCCUAUGUGACUUUUUAUCGCCACGGUUAUGCCAAGCUUACCUGCAAUGAAUACAAUCCAAAUUCUGAUGACUUGACAGAUCAUCUAACCAAUCAGUUCAUACAGAAAAAGAACCCUCUGUACAAUGAGAUGAAGGAGGACACAAUCUGGUCCAUGGAGCGCUUGAAUGACUAUAUUAAUGAGAAAUAUAUGGAAGCAAAGCAUCUCCCCAGAGACUGGGUCUUCACUGUUUUUACGAAGAGAACACAACAGAUCAUGACACAAUGCUUCAUUGCCACCAAGGCCAGACUUGGUAGGAAACUGGGCUACUUUGAUCUUCUGGGUUUUGACAUUAUGAUUGAUCAAAAUUUCAAGGUCUGGUUGCUUGAGAUCAACUCAAACCCAUCUUUACAGAUGAAUUGUGAAAUUCUCAAAUCAGUCAUUCCCAAAGUAAUAAAUGAAGCUCUUGAUCUGAUAUUUGAGAUCUUCACAAAGUGUUCUAGAGGACUGUACAUCAUGCCGCUUGAGGCACAGAGAGAAUUUGUCCUCCUUUAUAAUGGUUCCCCAAAAGAGCCAUUUGAGAAGAGAUUUAAGGCAAGGCUUGAAUACAGAAUUUCGGAGAGAGCAACCAUUCUUAAACGGCCUCAAAAGGCUGACAACAGGCCCCAGAUAAAGGUUCUGACUAGUUUAGAGUUUAUACCAACGUUAGAUUCUACUCUAAAUCACACAAAAGAAACUCAGAGGUUUAGGUCACUGCUCUCACAAAGGCCACUCCCGGAAAUUUCGCUAGUACAGCACCUGAGUUCUGCCAAGGCUAGACUUAAAAAUAAUCAACAGCCAAGCAACCAUUCAACUGGAGUGUCUUCAGAGGAACAGAGUCAAACCAAGCACAGCUCAGAGCCAGGCCUUUGCAAAGAAAGAACAGCAGCUACACAGUUAAUACGCAAAAAACAUUCUGCCAGUCGUCAGCUGUGCAAAAGCUUGGAGAACACCUUGAUGACAUUUAAUGCUUCCUUUCAUUCCCUGAUCAUCACCAGGACUCCACUUACAUCCAAGAAAGCCACUGCAAACUAUCUGAGAUGAAAGUUCGCUCCAAAGAAAUCAACACAUGACAUAACUUAGUCACUACUGGCAGGAAUGUCUUUUUGUUUAAUAGUUCAUGCCAGUAUUAAAAGUAAAUUUGAUUAAUGGAAAGCCAAUCAUGAAGUGUUUAAGAAGCACCACCUCAGAGGUGAGCCAGUGACUUUAUGUCACACCUGACACUGUGUAGUCAAUGCUCCAUUACAAUCAUAAGUUACUC